CUCCAGACGUCCCUUUUUGCGACCCCAUUUGCCAUUUCUCCAACGACAAAGCAGCGUUGGCAUGGCUGUGAAGAGCCAUGUUGCAGCCGUCACUCUGGUGGCCGUGCUCACUCUGUGCAGAGCGGACGGAACGGAGCUUCACAGCUGUGGAGUCUCACGGCCUCUCUUCAAGGAUACCAGCAUCAAAGUGGAGCCCAUUGACUCCCACAAUUGGCUACAACAGGGCAUCAGUGCUGUGCUUGGAUGGGUCAACCAACUUCGGUUCGGCUUCCAUCCGCCCUCGGAGACAAAGCCGCAGAAGAGAAGUGAUCUGCGGUGCUUGAUGCCCUACCUGAUGAACUGCACACAUUGGCAGGCGCUGGCGGCUCAAGAUCCAUGCCCCGAGGAGUGUCCCUUCAUCGCCCAAGUGAAGCCCUUUGCUUGUGCCUUCACCUGCGUGAAUGUGUCUCAGUGCCACUACACCGACCCUAAUAUGCCCUUCGCCAAUCCCAUGAGCAACCUUUGCGAGGAGAGCGCUAUCGAAGGCUGUGGUGUGCAGGCACAGCAAGGGCAAUGCGAGCGCUGCCGGAAGCACUUUGCCAUGGACCAGGGUGGCACCCGUUGCCUCUAUGACCGAGAGGGUUCGCUGAUUUGGUUGGUGGAGCACCUCCAUGCGAUGGGCUAUUGGGUUUGGAUUGUUCUGGUCUUGAUGCUCAGUUGCUGUUGCUGGCAAUUCCGUGGAGCUUUAGCCAAGCACUGGCAUUUGCUGACCUUUGCGCGGAUGCACUACCAUCUUUGUAAGGUGCGAAAGAACCCCAAGGUCCACGCGGGGGCACCGCUCUUCUCGAUCUGCGAGAACUUGCAUACCAAGUUUGUGAUUGGCGUUGGGCUGCCGCUCUACUAUAAUUCCUUGGUCUUCUUGUUAAUCAUCUCAGUCUUGCUCUUUUUGUCGACUCACUUGGCCUUAGACUCUGACUCCCAGUCCCUCUUCAACUACUCUGGUGUAUCUUCAAAUCCAGUUCAGGUGCUCAACGUUCCCAUUUAUCCUAGCGCCGAAGGCGUCUCCGAUGCGUCCAUUUGCAGUUGGGCGAUGGAGGACGAUGGCUUAACGCGCUUCAACGUACAGAGUGCAUCGCAAAGCUUCAUGUGGCGUUUGUCCAGGACAGCACUCUUCUUGUGGUGCUCUUCCUUAGCGAUCAUGUUAGUGCACGCCUGGUUUCAGUUGAAGCACGCCAGGUGGUUUGAGUCGCAACAUCUCACCAUGAAGGACUUUGCGUUGGUGCUGCGCGGGGCCUGUGGACUCACUUACCAGCUCGGUCCCAAGGCAGACUGCAUCUCUCGUCAGAUCGGGGAGACGAUCCGUUCGGUCUCCAUCGGAUACGAUGUGACCUCCUGCUGGAACGAGGUGGAGACCUUGUUGGACCGUCACUUGGCCUAUUGCGACGCCCAUUUCUGUGGCCACCCCGACGUGGGACUGAGACCGGGGCCGCAGGCGCAGUCUGCUCGAAGUGACCGGCAAAUCUUGGGCCCGUUGGCCAUGAGACGAAACAUGGAGGAGGACAGCCAGUGGGUCCAAGACUGGUUCAGGCCCAACUCUUCGAAGGAGAUGAAAGGCUCAGGCUUUGCUUGGGCGGUCUUCAGCAGCCACCGAGACCGCGAUGAGGCGAUCCACAAGAUGUUGGCUCUGGAGAAAGAUCGACGAGGCAUCCACUGGCGGGAUCCUGACGGCACUUGCUAUCCAUUGGACUUUGGAAUUCCGCGUUGCGAGCCCACCAACGUGCGCUGGGAUCACCUGGGCCUUGGGCUGUGCUCAAGGCGCUUGCGCUUCUUGGGCGCAGUGCUUAUUUGGUCCAUGGCCGCAGCUGGGUUGGCCUUCUUCGUUUAUGUGCCCUAUGCUGAGUACGUCACCGGCUUCCUCAACGAGGCGGGGAAGUUCCCCCAGGGCUUCAUGAUGGGCUUGCUGGGCUUCCUCAUUGGUCUCACAUGGUGGGCCAUGUGCAUGAUGAUAGGCACUUGCGUGAACAUUGCGGGGUUUCAGACGAUUGAAGAUGAGAACCUUUUCAUCUUCAUUUUCUUCACCAUCUUUUGCGUUGCUGCAUCUGCCUUCAAUGUAUACCUCACCUGGUACUACACUCAGGACUUGUGGCAACAUCACACCAGCAGCUGGUUCGAGAGCAUUGAAGGGAGUUUGCUGACAACAGGAGGUCCGGUCACAACGCUGAGGGACCUCCGGAAAGAAAUUGACCUCGGCUUUCGUGUCUUCCAGGUGUUGGUACCUGGAGUGCUCUUCACCCCCUGUUUGUUGAGUCCGCUGAACAACUUUCUGAUCCCAUACUUCAGGGAGUCAGCGCUUUUGGUGCUCUUUGGCCAAGGCAAAAGCGGACGAGAAGCUGAGCGCUUCCUGGAACCACUGCCCAUCGGCUUAGCGUGGGACUACCAGGGUCAUGUGACGCUUCCAUGCUGUUGUUGCCUUACUCUCUUCAUCAUGUCCCCUUCCAUGUGGUGGGCACAGGCAUACCUAUGCAUUUGGGCCUUUUUCUUCUAUCUCUUCCAGCGUUUCAUGCACCUGCGAGUUUGCAAGAAAAUGUACUGCACCUCUAACAAACUGGACUCGAUGGUGCUCUACUUUGGUUGGGGCUUGCUCUUAGCUGAGCUCGCUGCCUGCCAUGCUUACUGGCGGGUGAGAUUGCAAGAAUGGCAGUGGAUUUCCAUCCUGCAAAGUGUGAUCAUGUCCUACGCGAUCUACUGGACCUUCUUGUGGCUGCUGGGCGUCCCUUGGCCUUUGCGCCUCCACGGCGAGCUUGACGUCUUGGAGCGUAGCCGGGAGCGCUCCGACGAUGAUCGAUGUCAAUCAUGCGAAGACUUUUGCUACAAUUGGCUCAAUGUGAAUCCAGUCUAUGUCCUGAAGAGCCAAUACUGCGAGACCGACGGGGACCCGAUGAUCUUUUACGAGCCUGGCACAGGGUACCUCCAGCUGGCUCCAACUGAUGAGACCUGUGUCCAGAACACCAGCAAUCAAAGAUGGAAGAUGGCUAGUUCAGGCCUUUGGUUGGAGUUGGAAGGCCUCGGCUGCAUUGGCAUUGCGCCCUUCCUGGACUCUGAGGUCUGUGGGGAAGUGGUGCAAAGCCCAGUGGAUCGACUUCAAGAAGAAGGUUUGCUGGCGCGACACGACGACGUGUCCGAGGAAAUUGGUGCAAGUAGUGGUCUUGGUGAAGUGUCGCCUGCGCCUGCGCCUGCCGUUGGAUUCUUGGAAGAGGAGGAG